GGGGGGGUGAAAUACCAAAAACCGUUGCCUCGCACCUCGUCAUCCGUCAUCACGUCCCUUAUCGUCAACAACAACAACAUCACCACCGCCAUGGGUCUGAGCGGACAAGAGGUGACCGGCGACCUGCGGGCCGCGCCGUGCAAGAGCUUCGCGCAGCCCUUCCUCCUCGUCUUCGUCGCGCUGCUCGUCGCGCUCGAGGCGCGACGUUGGCUCCUGCUGCGUCGCCGCGCCCGGAGCUCGCGGGGGCCCCCGGGGCCCUUCCCGUGGCCCAUCCUGGGCAACGCGCUGCAGCUCGGCUCGGCCCCGCACCUCGCCAUGUGCCGCAUGGCGCGGCGCUACGGGGACGUGUUCAUGAUGAAGCUGGGGGGCCGGCCCGUGCUGGUGCUCAACGGCGCCACAGCCAUCCGGCAGGCGCUCGUCAGGCAGGGCGCCGACUUCGCGGGGCGCCCCGCCUUCCCCAGCUUCAGCGUCGUGUCCGACGGCCACAGCAUGGCCUUCGGAGGCUACAGCCCCCUGUGGAAGAUGCACAGGCGCGUGGCGCAGUCCACGUUGCGCCAAUUCUUGUCGUCGGGGAACGCGGAGGCGCGGGCCGACCUGGAGCGCUACGUGGUGUCCGAGGCGGGCGCGCUGCUGGACAUCAUGUUGGAGCGCAGCAGCGGCGGCCGCUAUUUCAAUCCGAGCCGCCUCUUCAUCCUCGCCAUCGCCAACGUGAUGAGCGCGCUGUGCUUCGGCCGCCGCUACGACUACGACAACAGCGAGUUCCGGGAGAUCGUGAGCCGCAACGACAAGUUCGGCCGCACGGUGGGCGCGGGCAGCCUGGUGGACGUGAUGCCCUGGCUGCUGUACUUCCCCAACCCGGUGCGCACCGUCUACCGCGACUUCGUGGCGCUCAACAUGGAGUUCAACGCGUUCACGCGGAGGAAAGUGGAGCAGCACCGGGCCGACUUCAAGGCGGGCAGCGUCCCGCGCGACUUCACCGACUCGCUCAUCGCCGCCGUGGAGGUGGAGCGACCGCGGAGCGACUCGGGCGAGGCGCUGCUCUCCGGCCAGCACGUGUCCGGGGCCGUGAACGACAUCUUCGGCGCCAGCCAGGACACGCUGUCGACCGCGCUCCUGUGGCUCCUCAUGUUCCUCGUGCGCUUCCCGAGUGUGCAGCGCCGCGUGCAGGAGGAGGUGGACCGCGUGGCGGGUCGCCACCGGCUGCCGCGCCUCGACGACCGCGCCUCGCUGCCCUACACGGAGGCGUUCGUGUUCGAGACUCUGCGCUACAGCAGCUUCGUGCCCGUCACCAUCCCGCACUCCACCACGACCGACACGGAGAUCGCGGGCUACCGCGUGCCCAAAGACACCGUGGUGUUCGUGAACCAGUGGUCGUCGAACCACGACCCCGAGCGGUGGCGCGACCCCGAGACGUUCGAGCCCACGCGCUUCCUCGACGAGAGCGGCACCCGCGUGGACAAGGACCUCGCGAGCAACGUGCUCAUCUUCUCCGUGGGCAAGCGCCGCUGCAUCGGCGACGAAAUGUCCAAGAUGCAGUUGCUGCUGUUCGCGGCCAUCCUGGCGCACCAGUGCUCGUUCGAGGCGGACCCCACGCAGACGCUGACCAUGGACAGCUCGUACGGCCUCACGCUCAGGCCGAUGCCCUUCCAAGUGUGCGCGCGCGUCAGAGACCACGUGCUCGCGGAGUGCUUCGCGGACGCGCGCCGGCAAUCGUAGCGCGCAGUGCCCGCAGCCGCCGGUCCCCGAAGCGCUGUCGUCGCUGUUUGUGCCGUCAUAGCUCGCUGGCUCUCACUCGCUCGCUCUCUCCAUCCGAUGGGGUUGUCGCUUUUGUCGUGCGGUGUCGUUCGGAAUGACGGUCCGAUGUUCCGCUCCAGGAACUGAAUCGGGCAGCUCACUUUCUCCCAUUGAUUGCAUAGCGCUGCCGGCUGCUGCUGCUGCUGGUGAUGACGCUUGCUGUUGGUGUGGAGGAGGAGGGGGGGGGGAGCUGCUGAAUUGGGUCCUAGCAGAUGGAGCUCCCAGCGUGCUGGAGAAGCAUGUGGCACGUGAUGCCGAGCCACACGCGUGGAGCCCUGUCGUCUGUGAGCACGGACGUAGUCCCAAGUGUGCUGAGCCCGUGUGCCACGAUUCAUCCCCGCCUCUUCCCCGCGAUCAGAUUUCGCCGGUUAAGUUAGCGAAUCGUUUCCAGAACAUGCACAUAUAUAUACUGGAUAUGUGUGGUUUGUCCAGGAAUUACGUCUGCGUUUAUAACUCCACGUUUGCAGUUUGGCUUGCUUCAUUAUCCCCAACGUAGCAACGCAUUGAAAAAUUAUUUAUAGGCAAGUUGGCAUGCAUCGUAAUCGAUUUCUACACAUUCGAUGCAUGGUAUCGUGAGCGUAGGAAUCGAAUGAUAUGGCAUCGUUGCAUGAAGUUGGCAUGAAAUUACGCAAUAUAAAUCGAAAGUGUUUUUUUAUCAUUAUUAUUAAUAGGACGGAUGAGACUUUAGGGACGAGGCGCGCGCGGACCGAGACCAUGAAAUCGCUUCAAGACUAGUCACGUGUCCAUUCGAUGGGUGUGGGAGUUGUGACAUGACGCGCGUGUGUGUGUACGUGUGUGCGUGUGUGUACGUGUGUGUGUAAGAGGGGAGCGGUAGUGCAGCGGGUAGCACGCUGCGCUACGAACCUGGCUACUCUGGUUCGAUUGCCGCUCACGAGAAACACCCAGUGACGAUUAUCUGAACCGGUCCUGGGCCUCCCCUAGGUCGACUCAGUCUCAAAUGAGUACCUGGUGCGGUGUGUAAACAUCGCCACUAGGAAGACAAAGGCGGCCGGGCGUGGUGUUGGCCACCCACCGCCUCGUGUGCCGUGCCGGCCUUCAUAGGUGCUCGCUAACAGCACUUGCCCCUACAGUCUGUAACAGGCUAUACGGGGAUCUUUGUCUUUGUGUAUGUGUGCGGCUAUGUGCCUCGUGAGGCCAGAUGAGCGACGCUCACGCCAACGAGUGGAGCGCCGGGCGGAUAAAAUGGAGCAAGUUGGCACCGUAGGGGGGCAGCACAGCUGGUGCAGCUACCGGUCAUCUCAGUCAGUCAACCCAUGGCACCUGCUGGGUUUGUCCCGUGACAGCGAGCCGUCGACACUUCACGUGGCCUCGAAGUGCACCUGGCCUGGCACAGGCACCGUGGUGACUUCUCUGACUUUUGUCCAGUAGCGUGCAUCGCGUGUGUGUGUGUUCGUGUCAGUAGACAGUGACUGAUGUUUAUUGUUUGCGUAAGUUAUUUUUUUUUAAACAAAGUGUACAGUAUAUCUACAUAAUCUCGCUAUGCGUACAUUACGUACGCCAUAAAAUAUAAAUAUAUAUUGCAGACCUUGGCGUGAUGCGCGUAACAGCUUCAAUGCCAAAACUUUUGAGGCGUUUAAAGGUAGCUGUUCUUGUAACCCGCAUGCUCGUUGUAGUGAUCGCCACGGCAAUCAAGUUAUUAACUACGAUGGCGGACUAUUUUCAUGUUGUCGUUUCGUUGACUUAUUCGUCGUCGGUCAACUCUGUCGUCUUAAAUCGGCCCAGAUAAAUCAUCGACCGUCCGUCAUCAGCACCAUCAUCAUCAUCUCACAACCUCAUCAUCAUAGUCGCAUUUAUCUCGAUCUUUGUCAUCCACUCACCAACCACGAUCAUCAUCGCAACCCAUGAUCUGUCCAUCCUAUCUAAUUGCUAAUCUACCUGAUCAAUUUCACCAAUUUGCUCCCAUCCAUCCAUCUGCAUCGGUCACCAUCUUCACUGCCUCGCCAUCAUCGAUCAGUAGACACCCACGAUACCCCCGUCUUGUUAUGCGGAGCGUGCCAACUCGAACCUCUGUGCCCACGUGCUGCCACUGCUGCCACGUGCUGCCACUGCUGCCACGUGCUGCCACUGCUGCCACGUGUUGCCACGUGCUGCUACUGCUGCCACGUGCUGCCACUGCUGCCACGUGCUGCCACGUGCUGCUACUGCUGCCACGUGCUGCCACUGCUGCCACGUGCUGCCACGUGCUGCCACUGCUGCCACGUGUUGCCACGUGCUGCUACUGCUACCACGUGCUGCCACGUGCUGCCACUGCUGCCACGUGUUGCCACGUGCUGCUACUGCUACCACGUGCUGCUACUGCUACCACGUGCUGCCACGUGCUGCCACGUGCUGCCACUGCUGCCACUGCUGCCACGUGCUGCCACUGCUGCCACGUGCUGCCACGUGCUGCUACUGCUGCCACGUGCUGCCACUGCUGCCACGUGCUGCCACUGCUGCCACGUGCUGCCACGUGCUGCCACGUGCUGCCACUGCUGCCACUGCUGCCACGUGCUGCCACGUGCUGCCACGUGCUGCUACUGCUGCCACUGCUGCCAGGUGCUGCCACUGCUGCCACUGCUGCCACGUGCUGCCACUGCUGCCACUGCUUGGUCAUUCCGCUCACGUCUCCUCCUCCUCCAUCCUCACCUCGCUGGCACCCUGUGCCUUUCUAGGGCGCUAAUUCUAGAUUUGAAGCUUUCGUGACUGCAAGGAUUCAUACUCUUAGGUUGUUUCGGUAAAGGUCACGUAGGUAAAAAAUAAAAGUAAUAAUGGAAUUUUUUUUUUAGCUGUGACGAUCCCACCUGAUGACGGAGACUUGUGUUGCCUCCGAAACGUCGUGAUAUAUUAUUUUAUUUUAUUUCCAUUAUUACUUUUAUUAACUUUUAAUAGUAUUUUUUACCUACGUGACUUUACCGAAAAAACCGAAGAGUAUAUUUCUAGGGCGACUCCACGUGGGCU